AUGCUUGGAAUUUCUAAAGAAGUUAUAGUUGUAUUUGGUAUGAGAACUGUAUUUAACAGAGAAAAGGAAGAUGCAGGCAGUAAUGAAGAUAGUGGUAAUAAACUAUUUUAUAGGAAACCAAAUGUUUCACCUUAUCUAUUUGAAAUGAUAUUAGAAUAUAUUUACACAGGUGUAAUUGAUUUAACAUUUUUACAAUUAUCAAAUAUUUUGGAUCUUUUAUUAAUAGCUGAUGAAUUAUUGCUUGACGAAUUGAUUGAUGUGAUCGAGCAUUAUCUUCUUAAAUAUAAGUCUACCGAUCUUGAGGAUAAAAUGGCAAUUGUUUUUCAACUAGCUGUAAAACUUAAAUCAUGUAACAAGUUACAAGACCAUUUAUUAGAAAUAGUUAGCCAUAAUCUGUCUCAGUACAUCGAAUCAGAUGAUUUUUUGACAUUGGAGCAUUCGACUGUUGAGUUUAUCUUGAAAUGUGAUGGUUUGAAUGUUCAAGAAGUUGAGUUAUGGGAUUUUUUGAUAAAUUGGGGAAUGGCUAAUUCUAGUAGAUUGUAUGAUGACGAUCUUGAUAAAUGGACAAUUGACGAUUUUGAGGAGUUGCACUUGCAAAUUAAAAAUUUGGUUUGUCUCAUCCGUUUUACCGCAAUGGAAAGGCAUGAAUACUCUCAAAAUGUCUUUCCUUAUAAAAAAUUGUUGCCUAAACAAUUGAGAAAACAGUUGACUUUGCAUUUUUUGGGUAGUGGUCACCAGAAAACCAAGGAAGGAUCAUUGACACCAUUAUCACCUCGUGCCUUACCACCUCAACCACAAAUCGACUCAUUAUACAUUAACAAUUAUGCUGCGUCGUUGAUUGAAAGUUAUAUUAAAUAUAAAGAAAAUCAUAAUACAAAGUCUUGUUAUAUGGAAUAUGAAUGGAAAUUGAUUUAUAGAGCAAGUCGAGAUGGUUAUAGUGCUUAUAAUUUUCAUAAAUGGUGUGAUAGUAAAGGUAGAUGUGUUAUUGUGUCUAAAAUAUUGGAUCAGGAAGCUGAUAUUAUUGGUGGCUACAAUCCUGUUGGAUGGGUUGAAUCCAAUGGAACAUAUUCAAGUUGUGAUAACAGCUUUAUCUUUAAUUUCAAUGAAGAUUUAUCAAUAAAAAAUUUAAGUAGGGUGUUACCUUAUUGUAGCUCAAAAGCAAUAUAUCAGUAUUCAGGAACAGGCCCAAGUUUUGGAGCUGACGAUUUCACAAUAGGUGACGGUUUAAAAGAUUCAAAGUGCAAUACGGAUUUCUAUUAUGAAGAUAAUAUAUGCCUAGAUUUUAUUGAUGUUCAUGAUUAUGAAAUAUGUUUGGCGCAAGAUAAUAACAGUGAUCAUAACAAUAGUGAAAAUGAUAGUAAUAAAGAAAAUUUAGUUGAUGGUUUUUUCAGUCGUGGAGGUCAUACAAACAACUGGGCGGUUUUGGUAGAGUAUCAAACCAAUACUUUAUCGAUGUAUAGAACAGUGAAACGUCUCGGAAUUCCAGAUUCCAAUAUAAUAUUGAUGCUUGCAGACGAUGUAGCAUGUAAUCCUAGAAAUGUUUUCCCGGCAACUGUCUUCAAUAAUGCUGCAAGAUAUCUUGAUUUGUAUGGUGAUAAUGUAGAAGUGGAUUAUAGAGGUUAUGAGGUGACAGUGGAGAAUUUUAUUAGAGUUUUGACUGGUCGUGUUGAACCUGAUACACCCAGAUCAAAACGGUUACUUUCCGAUGAUCGAUCAAACGUAUUAGUUUAUAUGACUGGACAUGGAGGUAACGAGUUUCUAAAAUUUCAAGAUGCUGAAGAAAUUAGUAGUUUUGAUUUAGCAGUUGCUUUUGAACAAAUGUGGGAAAAAAGAAGGUAUCAUGAAAUAUUAUUCAUGGUUGAUACAUGUCAAGCAAAUACAAUGUAUAGCCAAAUAUAUUCAUCAAAUAUUUUGGCAACAGGAAGUAGUGAAUUAGGAGAAAACUCUUAUUCUCAUCAUAUGGAUAUAGAUAUUGGUGUGGCAGUUAUUGAUAGAUUUACAUAUUAUAAUUUGGAAUUUUUAGAAAAAAUUGAUAUGCAAAGUAAAGCAACGUUGAAGGAUUUGUUUGACUCUUAUAAUCCACAAUUGAUACAUUCGACUCCUGGUUUUAGAAGUGACUUGUUUCGUAGGCCAUUGGAUAAGGUUCUUGUCACUGAUUUUUUUGGAAGUGUACAAAAUGUGGAAUUGACAGGACAAAAAUAUAAUUUAUCAAAUACUGAUGAUAUGAUAGUCGCCAAUAAUAAUAUUGAUUCUUCUUCAUCAAUAAUGAAUAAUACUUCUUCAACUGCAUCAUCGACAUCAUAUAAAUUAAAGGAUUCAAAUAAUUUUCAUCUUUUCAAUCAAGUUUUUUGUUUUGGAUAUUGGUUAAAUGGACUUCUAUGA